CGGUGCGCACUUGUGUUUCUGUCAGUCAUACAGAUCGCACGAUCGCAUCGGUUCCGAGCCGAUACACGCUAUCGUUUCUUUUUUCUCUUGCGACGACACUUAUUUUUCGCUGCAUUCGUAAUUGCGCGUUAUCGAUUGCAUUCGUGCGUCGCUUACUCACGUUUUGAACGGGAUUUCUCGACAAGUUGGACUCUCUUUCUGUGCGGCGGCGUAUAACUCACAGGGUCCAAAGAUGCCGUUAUCGGAGUUUCGCAAGAAAAAAUUACUCUUCGUCUUCAACGCUUUCUUCGAUGUUAAUCAAAGUGGUACCAUCGAUAUAAAGGAUUUCGAUCUUGCCGUGCAACGAAUCUGCAACUCCAGGCAUUGGAAACCGGACGAUGCCACGUCGCAACACAUCAAAGAUACUUUAACUAAAGUUUGGGAAGGCCUGAAACAACGGGCCGAUGCCGAUCAAGACGGACAGAUCAGUCGAGAUGAGUGGUAUUCCAUGUGGGAGGAGUACGCGAAAGAUCCAGCGCACGCACUCGAGUGGCAACAAACGUACAUGAACUUCAUGUUCGAUUUGGAGGAUUCUUCCGGUGAUGGAUCGAUCGACGAGACUGAAUUCAGCAAGGUGUGUAGCAGUCACGGCGUCGAGGAGGCCGAGGCACGUGAGGCGUUCAAGAAAUUGGGGGUGGGUAAGGAGGUAACUCGUGAGAAAUUUGCCGAUUUGUGGAAACAAUACUUCUGCUCCGACGACCCAAGCGUACCUGGAAACUUUAUAUUUGGAAAGACUUCUUUUUAAUUCCGCCACCCUACGAGAUUAAAGGCGCGCAUAUACACACAUACAUACAUAUAUUUUACGACAGAUUAUUAUUUUAUGCAAACGUAUGAGUUAAUGAGAUAGACGCAAUUCUGUAAUCUAAUAGCCAAAAUUCUAUUUCAUUUACUACUCUCCUGUGUAAUUAUCCUGUGUAAUCAAGAUGAUGAAUAUAAUUAUAAUUAAACGAUCGAAAGAACUUUGCGU